AUGAGGAGUGGCAGUUCAGAAUUAUUACUCGAGCAGCAACAACAAGAGUUACGGUUACGUAAAAAACGAGAUCUGGCUCCAAAAAAGAAAAAUGGCAACCGGCGUUUUCGUUCGUGGCGCGAACGUGCACGCUUCUAUGGCACGUCCACGCUUGCCUUCUUCUCGGUGACGGCCGGCGCUUCGCUCCUAUUCCUGGUGCCGCUCUAUGUCGAUCCGGCGAUAUCGACACUAAAUCACGAUUUCAUCGAUAGUCCGACACUAUGCACAACCACACGUCGCGAAGACCUAAUCGGUAUAUUUAAUUGUUCGUGGAGUUCGUGUCGCGAGGGUUGCACUUCUGAUCUAUAUCGUUGUGUACAUAUUUAUGUGACGUUUAUCGAACAAAAUAUUACGAUACCCGAGAACAUGACCGAUUACACUAACUUCACCGCGGAGUGGGAACAGUCGGAGGAGGCCACACUGCUGGUGAACAUAAAGGGUUGUGGCUAUCCGCCGACGGUUACAUGUAAAACGUUCAAUGCCUACUAUGGUGUCGAAGGUGCGAUAUUCCCCUGCUAUUAUUCGCGUAAAAAUAAAACGGUCGUGCUGACGUCGUACAAUCACGACCAUCAAGUAGCGACSAUCAUACACUUCUUUACGGUGCCAUUUGUGAUAACAGUGAUCUCGGCAAUCGCGCUCUGCGUUAUGCAUUGUGAUUGCAGGUGUAAAAAGGAUCACAGCCAUCGAAGGAAUCGGGGGCAAGGCCGCCGACCGCGUAUCGAAAACCUUAG